AUGGUGCGACUCAACUUGGCGGUGGCCGCACUCGCAGCCACCACCAUCUCCGCUUCAGCGUCCUCCUCCAACACUCCAUUGAGAGGUGUUGCUCCAGCAGAUGCGGCAAAAUAUCAACCCUCAAAGAAUCCACAAGGACAGUUGCGAUGGAAGUGUCUCGACGGAUCCAAGGAGCUUUCUUGGACAGCCGUCAAUGACGACUACUGCGACUGUCCAGAUGGUUCCGAUGAGCCAGGCACCUCCGCCUGCCCCAACUCCACCUUUUACUGCCAAAAUACGGGUCACAUCCCAUCCUACAUCCGUUCCAGCCGCGUAGACGACGGCAUCUGCGACCCUGAAUGCUGCGACGGUUCCGACGAAUCAGAUGGCAAGAUCCACUGCCCCAACACCUGCGAAAAGGUCGGCAAGCAGUAUCGCAAAAAGAUGACCGAGCUCGAAAACCUACGACGCGCAGGUGGCAAGAUUCGCGACAAGUACAUCGCAGAUGCUCGCAAAGAGAAGGAAUCCCUCGAAGCAGAGAUCGCAAAGCUCGAGGUCGAAGUGCACGUCGCCACCGAGAACGAAGCAAGGCUCAAAUCCGAGCUGACGCGUGCAGAGACCUCCGAUAAGGCCGUCAUCGAUGCAAAGGUCAAGACGCCGCUCUACGCCAAAUUGGUCGACAACCAGAACGCAAUCAAGGCCUUGCAGGAUAAGAACGCCGCUCUCAAGUCCGAGCUGCAGACUCUUACGCUUUUGCUCGACGAUCUGGCUAAAGGGUACAACCCCAACUACCAAGAUAUGGCUGUCAAGGGUGCCGUCGUAGCCUACAAGGAGUGGCGCGGCAUCGCUACUUCUACCGUCGAUGAUGGAGUCAAGCAAGAGGCCGCCGCUGAGGACAGCAACAUCGAUCAGCUCGCCGCCGAAAACACCAAGCUCAACCAGCUCUUGGACGAAGGCGACUGGCCAUCCGACAAGCUCUCCACGCUGCUCAAUGACGACCCGCUCGACAUCAUGGAUCGCGGCCUGCAGGGUGCCACCCACGACAAGCGGGUGUUCGCCACCGAGUCCGACGGUGGACUGCUCUUCCGCAUUCACGAAUACCUUCCGGACGGUAUUGUCCCUUACUUCGAAGCCAUGGUCGACACCUUGCUCGAUGUGCUCAUCAAGUCCAACGUCAUCACCGACGUCAAGCGCAUGCGACCCAAAUCCUCCUCGUCCACCGAAACCGAACCGGAAAACGUCGCCUCGGCACGUCGCGCCCACACCGACGCAGCCUCGCACCUCUCGCGCGUCUCGAAUGACCUCUCGAACCGCAAACGUCGUCUCGACGAGUUCUCCACGCGCUACGGUCGAUCUUCGGAAUUCAAACCGCUGGAAAACAAGUGCUUUUCGAAAGACAUGGGCGAAUACACGUACGAGUACUGCUUCUUCGGUCGAGUCACUCAGAUCCCCAACAACGGAGGUGCGCAGAUCUCGCUCGGAACCUUCUCGAACUUCAACCCCACCGGUAGCUACAGCCAGGAGCAGGACGAGUUCUGGUUGAAACAGAUCUACACCAGAGGUCAGAAGUGUUGGAACGGUCCAGAGAGGAGUGCACUGGUGGAUCUCAAGUGUGGGGUUGAGAAUAAAGUGGUGGAUGUGUUUGAGGCGGAAAAGUGUAUCUACUCGAUACAGGUGGAGAGCCCGGCGGUGUGUUUCCCGCUACAGACGCAGCAGCAGCAGGCGGAGCCGGCUGCCCACCAGGCCAAGGAUGAGCUGUGA